CUGAGGCGGGGUGACAGUGGCGCUGGCUGUUACUAGGGCAUCAUCUCUUCCCCCCGCUGUACUAUGAUCCGCCGCCGCCGCCGUGUGAUGUGACGGAGCUGGAUGCUCGGUGCGCCCCUCCCCGCUAUUGUCCCGGGGAUGGGCGCCUCACCUGCCCGCGGGGCUCGGCCUACCAAAUAACGGCGGCUCCCGGCCUCCUCCUCCCGUGUCCCCGGUGCUCCCCAUGUAGCUGCCGCAGAUCCUCCACCCACAGCCAGCGUGAUGGCCGAGCCUGGGAUCCGGAGACGGAGACUAAAGCUGCUGGGAUUGUGCAUCCGAACCUGGGUCCUAGCGCUGCAGUGUGCGAUGGUGUCCGUGCUCGGGGAGGAGAAGACCUUCAUGGUGGAGAGCUGGCUGAAGACGUACGGAUAUUUACUCCCAUACGAUAUUCGAAUAUCAGCUUUACAUUCAGGAAAAGCUAUGCAGUCUGCUGUGGCCACAAUGCAGCAGUUCUACGGGAUCCCGGUGACCGGAGUGCUGGACCAAAUGACCAUUGAGUGGAUGAAGAAGCCUCGCUGCGGGGUACCUGACCUUCCUCACUUAAGCCAUAAAAGAAGAAACAAGAGAUAUGCACUAACAGGCCAGAAGUGGAGACAGAAACACAUUACAUACAGCAUACACAAUUAUACUCCCAAAGUAGGAGAACUGGACACUAGAAAAGCGAUCCGCCAGGCCUUCGAUGUGUGGCAGAAGGUGACGCCUCUGACGUUUGAAGAAAUCCCCUACCAAGAAAUUAAAACCUCUCAUAAAGAAGCGGACAUUAUGAUCUUUUUUGCCUCUGGAUUUCACGGGGACAGUUCUCCAUUUGACGGAGAGGGUGGAUUUUUAGCACAUGCCUAUUUUCCUGGACCUGGCAUAGGAGGAGAUACACAUUUUGAUUCGGAUGAGCCCUGGACGCUGGGGAAUUCUAAUCAUGAUGGUAAUGACCUCUUUCUAGUUGCCGUUCAUGAACUCGGCCACGCCUUGGGUUUGGAGCACUCCAACGAUCCCAGCGCCAUUAUGGCUCCUUUCUACCAGUAUAUGGAAACACAUAACUUCAAGCUCCCCCAGGACGAUUUACUGGGAAUUCAAAAAAUUUAUGGUCCCCCCGCCGAAACACUAGAGCCCACGCGCCCUCUACCUACACUUCCACCGCGCAGGAUACAGUCCACGUCCGAACGAAAGCACGAAAGACAACCAAGGCCUCGCCCUCCGUCCGGAGAGAAGCCUUCCCAUCCCGGCAACAGGCCCAAUAUAUGCGAUGGGAAUUUUAACACGGUCGCGCUUUUUAGAGGAGAAAUGUUUGUGUUUAAGGAUCGGUGGUUUUGGCGCCUUCGUAAUAACAAGGUACAGGAAGGAUACCCAAUGCAAAUCGAACAGUUCUGGAAAGGACUCCCACCAAAAAUAGAUGCCGCUUACGAAAGAUCAGACGGGAAAUUUGUCUUCUUCAAAGGAGACAAAUACUGGGUUUUUAAAGAAGUUACAGCAGAACCCGGGUACCCGCACAGCUUGGUGGAGCUGGGAAGUUGUCUCCCCCGGGAAGGUAUCGACACAGCUCUGAGAUGGGAACCAGUCGGCAAAACCUACUUCUUCAAAGGGGACAGAUAUUGGAGAUACAACGAGGAGAAGAGGACGGCCGAUCCUGGUUACCCCAAAUCCAUAACGGUCUGGAAAGGAAUCCCGGAAGCACCGCAAGGAGCCUUCGUGAGCAAAGAAGGGACUUAUACUUAUUUCUAUAAGGGGAAGGAAUACUGGAAAUUCGAUAACCAGAAGCUGUCGGUGGAAAUGGGCUACCCGAGGUCAAUAGUAAAAGACUGGAUGGGCUGCAACCAAAAAGACGUGGACAACAGCAAAGACCGCCACCUGCCGCACGACGAUGUGGACAUCAUGGUGACGAUAAACGAUGUGCCAAGCACCGUAAACGCUAUCGCAGUGGUCAUCCCUUGUAUAUUGUCCCUGUGCAUCCUGGUCUUGGUAUAUACUAUUUUCCAAUUUAAAAACAAAGGCGUACAACAAAACGUUACCUACUACAAACGGCCGGUGCAGGAAUGGGUAUGACAGGAGCGGGAACGCUUUCUUUAGUUUCUAUGAGGGCUAACAGGAUACCUGGGAUCCAAAAGUCCACUGGUCAGACUGGAAACAGACGUUCGGCGAUGAUGAUGGCGGCGGCGGCCCCGGUUUUUACAAGCAAAGGGGGAGACCUUUACGGUAAACAGAGAUGGCCUUACACAAUGGAGCCUCUUUCAUUCUUACUGCCUCAUACUUGUAUCUUUUCUAGUGUGCCAUUUCCUCGGUCCACGCCGAGUAACUUGCUUGUAAUUUUUUCUUCAAAAACAAAAAAAAAUAAUAAAAAUAAAAAAAUAAAAAAUAAUAAUACGACUUUAGCUGAGAACUUGUCUCGAAACCAGCUUUUUCUUCAUCAAAGUCGGAUACUUUAAGACUUUGUUUCUUAAAUCUUAUUUGAGCAGAAAGAGAUCAAGCACACAAAAGGCGGAGAACAGUCACGGAAGGUCUUUUAGAACAAAAGUCCCGUACGGCACGCCACUUUAAUGCACAAAGAGGAACUCACCAUUUGUUUUUUUGUUUUUUUUGUUCAAUCCCUGCUGGUCAGAAUUAUUAUUAUUACAUAAACAAAAGUUGUUAACUAUAGAUUAUUGAAUUGGCAUUCUCUGCCUGCGUUCAUGAAUAGUUGUUGCGAAUCAUAAAAGGAAGAUUUUCCUCGGUUUACCGUCUUGUGUGAAGCCGAGGACGGAGAUUCGAAAAAAUGAAAAAAAAAAAAAACGUUCACCCAUUGACAAUGUUUGGUAAAUGUCGUACUCAUGUAGAAACCUGAAAACAGAAAGUGAAAUAAAACGAAAAAGAAAAAAAAAAUUCUAUAUAUUCCAAUGGUAUUGCUGAAUGUGUAAGAGAACGGUUAAGUACAGUAACUAGUAAGAAAACAUCGAAAUCCCGUAAAUUCUCAUACUGGAAAACUGUAAUAUGUUAUUAUGAUGAUUUAUUCAUUUAUUUCAUUUUUUUUAAUUGCCUGAGUUUGAAUAAUAAAUUCUUUGCUCUCUAGGACUUUCAAUU